AGAUGGCGCGCUUUCCCACGGUGACCGAGGAGGACGACAGUGAGGGUUGCUCUGUGAGAGGACCUGGAUCUGCGCAGGGCUUUUUUAUUUGUGUUGCUAUGUGAGGCUUUGGAGCGCGGGUUGAAGAUACUGAGCGAGGAUCCACAUUCAGCGUCCGCGCGCUGUCGACGUGCUGCGUGGAGCAGGACUCAGCUGCAGAAGGACUGCCUUCUUCAGAAUAUGCCCUGUCUCCAUGGUAACAGGCCUCAGGCAGACCCAGAAAAAUGUUGGCCCAAGCUCGUCAACCUUACCUGAUGCUGGACUAGGCUGGAGAGGAUUUUAACAAAAAUUAUAAAACUAACAAGUCCUAAUAUGAUGCAUCCGAUAUUUCUUUGUGUAUAAAAGUGUGUGCCUGAAAAUCUUCAUAUAUUUCAGCUUUAUUACAUUUUAGAAAGACUUACUUUCCCGCAUCCCUGGCAGAAAAGAGUCUUCUAUUUAAAUAUCUUUCUAAAACCAGGAGAUGAAGAAAAAGAUUGCUAUGGUAUUCAAGACAUUAUGUCAGGGACUCUUUCUCAGUUAAGUGAUCUUAAACUGUGCGGAGGCGGUCCCAGGCUCGUCUCAAGGUCCUAAACCAGGACAAGGAUGCACCAGCUGUUUAGCCAAGUGCUCGGCCAGAGGGAUCUGUCCAGAGCAGGUGAUCUGUUCUCUCUGGAGGACGCAGACAUUGAAGACUGUCUGUCUCAAGCUCUGGACCAGAUUAAGGCAAUCUCCUGCUCACCGGACUAUUUGACCAAUGACAAUGACCAGGCAGUGGUAGAGAUUUGCAUAACGCGCAUCACCACAGCCAUAAGGGAGACGGGCUCCAUCGAGCGACACAGCACGGCGCUGGUGGGACUGUGGGAGUCCUGUCUGGAGCAUAACCUCACCCCGCAAGGUGAAAACACAGAGGACACUCCGCAUGCUAAGAUAGCCUCUGACAUCACCAGCUGUAUCCUGCAGAACUACAGUUGUCCUUCGGUCAUGGUGCUGGCUGUCCCGGUGGCCGUGCGGUUCCUGCAGAGGGGCAACAGGGAGCUGAGCAGGAACAUGUCCAGUUACCUCUCUCUGGCCGCUAUAGCCAAAGCCGAUCUGCUGGCUGAACACACAGAGGCCAUAACAGUCAGUGUGCUGGGAGGUAACCACAUGCUGUUGAGAGUUCUGCCCUCAGUCUACCCCAAACAACCAGACACCAUUCACCACCACCUAGGCAACCUCACGGCCAUGAUGCCACAGCUGGAAUCCACCGAGCAACAACACCUGAUCAGGCUUAUUCAAAUGGUUGCCGAGCAACAUCCACUUAUGUUGAGCCCUCAGGUUCCCACAUUGGUCGGUUACCUAGGGAACCAGUCUCUCACCGAGGCUCUUUUGGGAGCACUUGUCGAUGUGUCUCAAGCAAGUCCUUCCUCGCUGGUCAGCUUUCUGCCAGCCCUCAGGAUAUUGGGACAGCAGUUUCCUGCUUUUCUGGCUCAUGUGGCCAAAAUCCACGGUGCUGUGGGCAUCAUCAGCGAGACUCAUGCUCACAGCUCGUUGGUCUACCUGGUGUCCCUUCUGGGCGGCAUGGAGCACAGCUUUCACCACACCCUUCUGCUGGAGAUCAGAGCGCUGACCGACCGUUACCCAUCUUUGCUGGGCGGCUGCGGUAAAGACAUCUACAGGAUGAGCAACUCUUUCACUGCUAUAGCCAGGCUUCUGGGAAGACGACUGGAGAAAUCAACGGCACACUGCAGCGUGGAUGAGGCGUUCCAAUCAGAUGGAGGAGGAGGAGCACCAGAGCAGCAGCUGCAGGUGAAGAUCCAGGCCUUUGAGGAGAAACUGGGAGACACAGUGGAAGACGAGGAGGAGGAGGCGGCUGGGGAGGACUCUCCCGCCCCGCAGCGACGCUACAGCCUAAGCCAAACAGUCAGGGAGGAGAGGCGUGAGAUGAGAUUCAACAGGUCAAAGAGCCUGGCUCUCCAUGCCGUGCGUUCUCGGUCCAUCAACUCAGACGAAGGGGAGGACGGUGAAGGGGUGGAGCUCAGCACAGAUAGCGCCUUUUCCAACACUUUGCCUAAUCAGCAUUCAGAAAACCACGAAGUCUCACCUGCUGAGAGGAAAUUGACAGAUGGCUCUCUGGUCGGCGUCACUCCGCUAGACAGAGCGGCCAAAGAGGCGGAGAAAAGUCAAAGCGGAGAGAAGGAUGGACAGAAAGGAGAGCGGACGGAGGCUGACAGACUCUUCAUCCAUUUAAGAGACAAUAUGGAGAUGAUCGGAGAGUUCUGUAAAGUAAUGGUGCAGCAGAUCCCCGUCCCAGAGCAGUGUGUGAUAGAAGAUUCCAGUCGAGGUUGUGUGGCCAAGCUUUCGUUCUCCUGUCCUUUGAAGGGACACUACUGUCUGUACGCCAAAUCCUGCUUCAACCUGACCAGCCGACAGCCGCAUCUAUGGAUUCACAUCAUGUUGUUACAUUUACAGAGUAAGUCCAGCGUACCUCUCAGCACCAGGGACGAGUGUGUCCAAAAACUGGGUUCUCUUUGGGAAAAGACGCAGCUGAAAGGAGCUCACAGCUUUUCUAUGGCCAUGACACAGCAGACUACCCCACACAAGAAGGACCUGGACAACCUUCAGAUCCAGCUAGAAGAGGUGCGCUUCUUUGACUUGUUUGGAUACAGUGAGGAGGAAGGAGGCUGGCUCUGCUUCAUGUGUAACAACCCUGAGAAAGCUACAGUCGUAAACCAAGAGGGACAGCCUUUGAUCGAGGGGAAGCUGAAAGAGAAGCAGGUUCGCUGGAAGUUCAUUAAGCGCUGGAAAACCCGCUACUUCACCUUGGCGGGAAAUCAGCUCCUUUUCCGGAGAGGCAAAUCGAAAGAUGAGCUGGAUGACAUCCCGAUUGAGCUGAGCAAGGUGCAAAGCGUCAAGGUGGUAGCCAAGAAGCGUCGGGACCGGGGUCUGCCGCGCGCCUUCGAGAUCUUCACCGACAGUAAAACGUACGUGCUGAAGGCUCAGGAUGAGAAACACGCUGAAGAGUGGCUGCAGUGCAUCAACGUGGCUGUGGCUCAGGCCAAAGAGAGGGAGAACAGAGAGACCACCACCUACCUGUGAGAGCAGCACCGACCGAGACGCCGGCAGGGACGUGAAGUCGCAGCCAAACAUACGCUGACUUCCACAUGUAGGAUAUUUGUUUCUUAUAAGCAUUCAUUUACAAGACAGGGGGAUAAAAAAGACCACAGCAGGUGACUCUGAGAAGAAAAACUAAACGCACUGCCAGUAACUUGUCAGUAGCACCACCAGCUCUGUCUUCAGUCGCAGUAAUGAUGGAGCGCAAAUAAGAAAAAGGAUUUUUAAACAUUAAACCAGCAAUAAAAAACUAAUGAAGGAUGGUUACGUAUUGAAAACACGACUCCCUGUAUUUACCGUUACAUUAAACCAACCUGCCCGUGUGCCAUCUUCUCGACGCGUAGGCCGCCAUCAGCGAAAGCAAAUGUUUGUUUUACGUGUGCAGAUGUCACCUGACUUUUCAGCUUUGCUUCUACAAGCAAACGAAGCCGGCAUCAGUGGGAAGUUGGGAUUUCUCCGUUUAAUGACGCAUUUAGAGUCCAGAGUAGUAUUCAACAAUAAAGACUUCAUCAAAGCAAAGACCUCAUAAGAAGUUGUAGCAAUAAUGAGACUGAACAGUUCCUCUGGAAAGCAGGAAGGAUGGAAAACGAGCCUAAUGGAGAGCAGAUGGGGAGCGCAUUGGAUACUGGAAUAUUGUGUGUGUGUGUGUGUGUGUGUGUGUGUGUGAAAGAGAGAGUGAGUGAUCUUAAAGCAAUAGUUCAGCACUUUGGGAUAUAUGCAGUCACCUUCCUGCCAAGAACUGGAAGAGAUGAUUCAGGCUGCUUUCGUGUAGCUGUGUGAGUCAAGUGAAAUGAAGCUAAAGCUUAGUGUAAAGACUGGAUUUUGAAUUGGACUAGUCUGGCUAUGACUAACUCCUGGUAAGGGGGUGGCGGCCGGGGACAGCAUAUUUCCUCAAAUGUCAAACAGGGCCAAUAAUAAGAUAUGUUUAACUCAUUUUGUGUCAUGUAUCCUGCUGUAUUCUGUAUUUUUCAUCACUAACCGGGGUUUUUCCUAGUUUAAACAGGCCUCUAGGGGGACUGGUUGAGUCUUUUGUUUAAGAGUCUUUUGUUCCUUUACUAAACAGAAGUCUGUUAGUUUUGUUAAACAAAAAUGUAUUUUUUGCCAGGAACACAAACCCGACUUAAAUCUGUGACGCUGUUUUUCUUUUCUGCCCUUGUACCAAAGUGGCUUAUGAGGCAAGUCCCUUAAGACCCCACGCAGGGGUCACUUUCUGUUCUUUUGCAAUCAUGGUAACUGAACCAACGGCGCUAUUUCAGGCUUUUUCAAACGAGAGAGGUCUGCAGCAAUCCACUCCAGUGUUUUACCAGGAGCAGCGUCAGCACAGCUGUUGCCUAAUAGUGAAGUUUGGAUCACAGGUUUCUAAGAAAUCACUGAAGCAAAUGAGUGGUUUCCUUGUGGAUUUAGAAAGGUUGCCAGUUCAGUCCCACUGAUUUUCGAUGACUCUGCGAGAGGGAGAGUGGAGGUGAGCUGGCUUUAGAACAGGCCUGUUCCUCGGGUUUGGGUUUAAAAGCUUGUGUGAUUUUAUUAUUUUAUUUUUGGGGGAAAUGUCUCAUUAGAUUUUUAUUUUUCUCCCUGAAAAUUGAGACGGAUGGAUGAAGAAAGAGUGAAGAUCUGAGUGUUUAAAUUGGCUCGUACUGAUAGUGUGCACCACCUUUAUUCACGCUCGACUGUGGCCACUCAGUUAUUCUGUCAGAUUUCUUUUCUACCCACAGGUGAACGCUGCUUUAGCACUUUUUUAAGUUAUAUGUAACAUUAAAGCUGCUAAAGGUGGUCUUAAUUUGAACUCGUUUGACAGACGAGCUCUCUCUCGUCGGUCCUUCGGCUAAAAUCCUGUCAGCUGUGUAAAUGCAGCCAUAACACAGCCUUUCCCACCAGGUCAGGUUACCCCUGUUUGUACUUUUAGCUGUCCCUGUUACCCCCACCACCACCACCACACACACACACAGCACAGCUGACCUGCAUCUGCUUACAAAUCAGAUUAUUUACAUCAUGUCUCUCCCUCACAUUUUUAUUCCUUCCUCCCUUCCUUAUGACCUACUUACACACAUGACUUUGGGCCCUAAAGCCAGCGGGGUAUUCCCCCAUGACUGCACUUAAGAUUUUAUAAAAAUGAAUAUUUAUAUUCAUAGGGGUACGGCAGCAUCUCAAGAAACUGUGGACAGAAAGGAAUUGCAUAUUCUUGGUCCUAGAUGAAUGAAACCUACUGAUUCUGAUUGCUGACAAUCAGGAUGGAUACAUCCUACCAUCUUUUUUUCUGACCACUAUCUUCACAUUUAAUCACUAAUAAUUAUUAAACUCUGGCUUUCACACCGAUAGUUUGCCUUUUUGUCCCAUCUCCCACCAAUCACCCCCAACCAGUAGCAGCAGAUGCCUGGCCUUCCUUGAGCCUGGUCUUCCUGUUAAAAGGGGUUUUUUCCUUCCCACUGUCGCCAAGAGCUUGCUCAAUAGGGGGUUGUCUGAUUGUUGGGGUUUUCUCUCUAUUAUUGUGGAGUUGCUUUAUACCUUACAGUAUAAAGUGUCUUGAGGCGGCUGUUGCUGUGAUUUGGUGCUAUAUAAAAGGUUUUCCUGAUACUUAUUGACACUUUUUUGUCCUAAAAGCAAACAGACCACAUUUGAGACAAAGUGUUAUGCUAUUAGAUAUUAUUAUAUUCAGCACCUCUGCUGACCUGCUGUAUUGUAAAGGUUUCAUAAAGCUGUUGCUCUUUUUAGUUGAACAGUGUUGAUUUGUGAGUGUUUAAAGUGAAUGUGUUAUAACAUGAAUGCCAGAGUUGUGUUAAAGUAGCGAUAUGAGCUCUCAGUGCUGCCAUGGUGGCUUAGUUUCCAAAUCUCUGGGGCCAGUUAUUCAUUCUUUCAUUCAUUCUAUCUAUCUAUCUAUCUAUCUAUCUGUCUAUCUAUCUAUCUAUCUAUCUAUAAAGCACAGUGAGAUUAUGUGUACACAGUUAGAAGCAGGAUGGAAUCUGCUGUAGAUUUUAACAAUCACACAAACUGUGAAGAUGAUUAUAAGUAUUCCAGUGAAUGUAUAAAAACAUUAGCAUUAAUAUCAGCCCCGUGUGGCGAAUCAUAGAUGUUUGUUGUUGUUUUUUCUUGCUUUUAACCUUUAGCAUGUUGUUCGAUUGCAUUUGAUUUUUUUAUAUAAUGCCAGUAUUUAUUUUUACAGGCGUUUAACACUUUUAUCGUGUCUGGAAAGACGACUGAAACUACAAAUGCCAGAUUUUACUGUCUCCCGAUCUUCCUCUUCUCGUGUUUUAUAUUACUCUGAAUUAACACUGCAAACAAAUGAAUGCUGUAUUUUAUUUGAAAAUUCAAGAGUUAUUGUUGUGAUUGUCAUAUUUUGCCUGCUGCACCUUCUGCAUGCCUGCCUAUCAGACAGAGCGCUGUAAUAAAUCUUUACAAUAACUGAACGCCGUGAUUGUCGCUGAAUUUUUGUUUGUUUGUUUGUUUUUUGCUCUUCAGUCAGGAAAGAAGUUAAAGGUUUCCUUCACAGAAACACUGUCCAAACUCCUGGAUGUCAUUACUUUAUCAGUGUAAAUUACAUUUGGGCUCUCACUUUAAAGAUGCUGUAAGUUUAAUAAGACCCUCAGUACGUGCCAAGAAAGAAACACGUGGGGAGAAAAUAGGAUAAUUACCAGAGUUAUUCCAUAAUCUUCAUUCCUCGAGACACAUUUCUCAUGCAGGAACCAAACUGGACCACCUCAAUCGCGAGCUUUGGAGAUGACUCAGUGUGAAGCGUUAGGGAGCACUUGGCAGUGUGGCUGUAGGAUCUGACACAGCACAGAGCAUGUCAGAGCUGGUAGCAGUUACACGUAAUAAUCAGAUUCAGAUCAAGCUCAGUUAAGCUGCAACAAAUCAUUUCUGACAGCUGGACGUUUUGAGUGAGCCGGGCUCAGCUUGUGAUGCACUCUUCCAGUUGUUUAUUCGUACUAUAACCACAUAAGUAACCACAGUGACUACUGAUCUGAAGCCUCUUUGCUUGGAGUACAGCGUGUUACAGGACUAUCUGUGAAUCACAGAGAAUAUCAUGUCAGUCCUGUAAGUGACCUCCAACACAUUAUCUCGGUUCAUAGAGAUUUUUCUGCAGGGAUGGUGGAAAAAUACUGUGCCUUUCUCACCAUCCGUCUCCAUGGAGCACCACUAACGUCCAUCAUCAGGAAUUCUGACAUACUCAGUAGUCUCCAUCAGCUAUCGCUUCAACGAAUACCUGCACAGGUUUUACAAAUCACCAUAAUGUGAUUGAUAACACAUGCAGGGAGCUCCUGUCCUAGCAGGAAAAAAUGUAUUUAAAACCAUUAAUGGUGACUGCAUACCACCUGCUGACUCUCUACAAUGACCCAUCAUUAAUCCUGCUUAAAAACAGACCCUAAAUAUUUUUAUUUUACUCGCACUUUCUUUACAAGAGCAGCAGAUUCACUGCUUAGUUCCUCUGGUGGUCCUAUUGAAGUCAAAGUAUCUCAAAACCUAAAUGUGAUUAUCAAUAUGCUCGAUGCUGCGCGGUUUAUAAAAUCAAUCUUUUGUUUUCUGAGGGGGUCUGUGGUUUCUCAUGCAUGUAAUCACUUACUGUGUGACUGUAACAUGAUGAAGUGCUUAAUCACACAGAGGGGAAGAUGGACCAGCGAUCUGAGUGAUGACACAGAGGAAGACAACGGCAAAACCGAUGUGGGCAGCUGCUGCAGCCUCUAAGAGCGGUUUCAGACAGAAAAGCCAAAGCACUGCUACUCAGUAGGUGUUCUGCUAUUGUUUGUAACUUCAAUGUGGAUUUCAACAGUAUAUGAAAUAGUCCACUCACUUUUUUCGCAUGCAUUAUUUAAAGUUUGUUUAAACUUUGCUGGGUCAUGGCAACUAUGGCAAACAUACGUAGCAAAAUCUUCUGGAAUCCUUUUUAGUUUGAAGUAUCAGCUGUGGCAACAAUUAAACUCGUUUGGCCUUCUUACAUUAAAUCUCUUAAUCAGUGUUUUAGAAUAUUUAAAUGACGACACAUGGAAAGCUGUAUAACACUGAAACUUAAGGCCUACAGCACCCCCUGGCUGCCAUAAAUGUCACUUUUCCUCCCAGUUUCUUAUUUUGUAACCUUCAUUUGUACAGUGCCUUCAACUCAAAACAGCAGGAUUAAACAGUUUGCAUUGGAUGUAUUUCCAACUGUUUGAGUUCAUGCAUUUAGGAUCAUAGCUUCAGUUCAGUCCUCCGAUCAGCUGGGACUUCGCUAUGUCUCCACUUAAGGCAACAACUGCUCCUGCCACUACAACCAAUAUUUCUUUGUUUUGUUUUUUUACACCAGGCACAAAUUCAAUAAAAGAGUGUACAGUUCAGUGGCAUAGCUCAUUUAUUACUGAAUAAAAAUUGGACAUGAACACGUGCAGACUAAAAACCAGUGUAACAAAACGGACAACCCUAAAAUCUUUUUGCAGUAAGUCUGCAUUCCCUGCUGGGAGGUCAAAAAAAAAAAAAGAAAAAGAAAAAGAAAAAAGAUAAAGUCAAAUAGACAGUAUUCUUUUGAAACUGUACAAAAUACAGCAUCAGCAACAUAUCUGUUCAAUAAAAAAGAAAACAAAGACUGUGCAAACAUUUUGAUCUUUCCUGAAUGUUUAUUUUACAUUUAUUCUUCAGUACGUCCACUGAGCCAUUUGCUUUUAUAAAUCAAAGCAUUUACAUUGUCAGUGGUCAUCAAUCCAUCUUUACACUGUAAAUAAGUCUUCCCCCCCCAAAUGUCCAUAACAUUAUAUGUAAAACUAAAAAAAGAGGGGGGAAAAGAAAAAGAGGGGGGCUGGGUUGGGUAGGCUAGAUGGUUUGUCAGGAUAUAUGUUUGGGUCUGGAGCUGAUGUCACACUAUAACCUUGCCUUUGCCAGUCUGGGCAGAUGUUUAAAGGUAAUCGUAGAGCACCUCAUGGUGGUGGUGACAACUGCAGUCUGCAUGUAGAUGCAAAACCAUCAACCACCCAAGAUAAAUGUCAGCUACAGAUCUGCUGCUCUGUAUGAGACUCAAAGCAACCCGAUUCCAUCAAAGACAUUUGUACAUGAGACACGUGGUGACUUAUCUGGCUCCACUGUUUCCACUGAGAUGAAUCAUAAUUCUGGCAGAUGUUUUGCGACUUCAACAAAAUUAGAAAAAUUAAAAUCAACUUGUGUACGCUGAUGGUCUGAUGCCGGGUGUGUAUGAGAAAUCCAGCAAAUUCAGUAGGAAUGACACCUGCUGGUAAUACAAAACAGCAAAUCCAAUUAAACGUGUUUUCAGUCACGGCAGCUUCGACAAGGUUUUUGAAAAUUUUUGGUCUUCAAUAAAGCAAGGUACAAAAAUCUCUUCUGUUACGUGGAUGUUUGGUUAACUUCUGUUUUACCUUCUGCACAAAUAUUUAAUUUAAACAAUGUUCAGAGGGUGUGUCUAA